AUGGAGGAGGAGGAGGAGGAGGAUGAUGAGGAGGAGGAGGAGGAGGAGGAGGAGGAGGAGGAGGAGGAGGAGGAGGAUGAGGAGGAGGAGGAGGAGGAGGAGGAGGAGGAGGAGGAGGAGGAGGAGGAGGAGGAGGAGGAAGACGAGGAGGAAGAGAGGAGGAGGAAGAGAGAGAGAGGCACCUUGCCUCAACCCUCUCCCUUAGCCCUCUGCCCUCUCGGACGUACGACAGCAGAGUCAGACACGUCCCCACGUGCAUUACGCGCUGCUCGACGUGGAGAGGCGUCGCAGCAACAUGAGCAGCAGCAGCACGAGGGGCUGGCGGGACGGGAGGGAACAGCUGCACCGGGGGAGGUGGCGGCUGAUGCUGCUGAGGCUGGGGCAGCGGAAACAGGUUGGGCGGCUGCGUGUGCGGCUGAGCCUGAGGUGGCGACGGCGUUGGAGACCGACGUGGCUGCUGCGGCUGACGAGACGGAGACGGGACGGGAGGGGACACUGGCGGCGGAGACAACGGGAGCAGUGUCUGCUGCUGGGACUGCCGCCGCCUCUGACGGCGGCUUAACUUCACCCUCUGCGGUAUGCCCGACGGCGCCACCGCUACCUCAGGGCGAGGGUCUGGCGGCGGAGGAGUUACUGACGGCACCCGGGUUGGCGGAAUCCCCGGCAUCACUCGAGGCGGCUGAGGUCGCCGCAGUCGUGGCUGGGGCGGCGAGGCUACAGGGAGGACCCCCGAACGAAGAGACUGCGCCGAUUGCCGCUGAGUCCGCCGGAACUUCUGUUGCUGCCGCGGCCGCAAACAUGCAGGUGCACGGCCGGGCGGGGAGUGAUAGACCGGGUCACGGGGCCGGCGCCGCUGCUUGCGCCGCUCGCGGGAAGACGGGGAAGAAGCUCCGCGUCCAGCCAACACCGAGGCGGCCCGGAGCAGGGCUGGGACCUGGCGUCCCGGGACCCCUCCUGGGCUGGCUGCUGCAAGGGUAG